GAACGUCAGUUGCCGUUCGACGCUCAAGCGAAAGUGCUCUGGAAAAAGUGAAAGUGAAAGUGACAGUGGAGAGUGUGAAGUGCGGUCUAUACACAAAUAGGAUAUAGAAUAUAGGAUAUACGUACUAAGGAUGCGUUCGUUGUGCUUAACGCUGCUACUGCUAGGCGGCGCUCUGUGCAGCGCCCAGGAUGCUCAGCCGAGUGCCAGCAUUGUCAGCGGCCCCGAAGCAGCUGCUGCCGUCGACAGCUUGACGAAGACAGACGCUAAGGAUGAUGCGACAAAUGCCACCGCUGCGCAGACCAAGCUGACGAUACCCAGCCAGGAGCAGAUACUUUCGCAGAUGCCGCCCGUUACGCUGCCUCGCAGUGGAAUCCCCACUGUCGAUGCUUUUUAUUUAAUGUUCCCGGCUUUAAGCAGCCUCUUGCGUUGGGGCAGCCUAUUUCCCGCUCAGACUCUGCUCGGCGCCGUGCCGGACAAUCUGCAGGCAGCUCCUUCCAAGGUGGUGCUUGUCCUAGCCGACGAUGCGAAUGGUCACAAGUCACGUGUAACGCGUCAGGAUGCGGCGCCAGCUGCGCCACCUGCCCCAGCACCGCCAGCUGCAUUGAAUGGAGCUGCUAUGUUACAGCAGAUGCAGCAGAUGCUUGGCCAGAUGCCGCCGCCGCCAAAUCUAGCCCAAAUGAUGCCCCGACCGCCCGCCGGCUGGCUGCCGGAUGGCUUCACCCUGGGACAAAUGCCUCCACUGCCAGAUAACUUCAAUCUCGGCCAGAUGCCGCCAAUGCCGGAUGCCUUCAAUCUAGGCCAGAUGGCACCCGUUAUGCAGAGCUUUGGAUUGCCUUCACUCGAUGGCCUGCUCGGCCAGGCGCCCGUUGCGCCCGCAACCACAGCAGCACCGCCCGCAGCCAAGGCCGCGGAUGAGCCAGCGGCGCCGGCGCCUGCCACUCCUACGCUCGGCCAGGCUCAACCACCAGGAUUUGGAGCGCUAUUCGAUGGCAGCAACAAUCUGUUAGGCAGCGCAUUGAGCGGCAUACCCGGAGCUCCGACGCCGGAUGCCUUCAUGGCUGGCCUACGUCAGUUCUUGCCGGGCAGCGAUCGUAGCCCUCAGGCCUCGGACAUAUCGGAGGUGCGCGUCAAGCCGGAUAACCAAGACAGCAUUGGCUAUCGGGCGCCACAGCAGACUCAGGCGCAGCUGGCUCAGCUGAAGAUCAAGUCAGCGCUGCAGAUGGAGCAGGAGAAGCAGCGAGUGCCGCUGCUCUGGUUCCGUAUGCCCAGCAAGCAGGAGAACGAAGAGGAGCAAGAGAAUGGCAAGAACACCGAUCGUGCUCAGAUCGAGUCCAAGCUGGAGGCCUUCGAGCGCCAGGUGAUUGAGGAGCUGCAACAGCUGCAGCAGAUCGAGCGCUUGGCACGCGAAAUGCGCGCCAAUGCCCAAGGCGAGACGCCUAGGAAUGGACCCGCCUACAAGCUGCGCUACCCACUGAGCCGCACGCCAGUGCACAAGAUCACCCGGGCCGACAUUGAGCGCGCUCUCCGCGACGACUAUGUGCGCCGCCUGCUGCACAGGGAGAUGCAGCGCAGAACGUAUGCCAAGCGCCAGGUUGGGGCUGCUCCGCAGAGCUUAUCCAAGGAGGACAUAGUCAAGGUAAUGGCCUAUGCCUAUCGCAUGGCCAAUGAGAAUGCCGAGCGGAGGGCCAAGGAGCAACAGCUGUCGCAGCAGAUGCAGGCACAGAAUCCCAUGACGAUGCGACAGUGGAUGGAAGGUGGGGCCAAGGCCAAAGAGCAGCAGCGUCAAUGGAUGCAGGAGCAGACCAUGACACAGCAGGAAAAUCAAAAAAUGAUGCGACAGUGGGCGGAAAACCAGGCUAAGAGUGCCGAGAUGAUGCGACAGUGGACGGAGGAUCAAACGAAGGCAAAUCAGGAGAAUCAACAGCAGCAGCUGGAGCAGCAGCAGCAGCAACAGCGUCAAUGGACCGAGGAGCAAGCAAAGGAACAACAGGCUAAGGAGCAGCAGCGCGAAUGGAGCGAAGAUCAGGCUAAGGCUCAUCAGCAGAAUCCCACAAUGUUGCGUCAAUGGACCGAGGAUCAGGCCAAAGCAGAGAACACACCACAACAGAUUCCCAUGACGAUGCAGCAGCCAGCAAUGACCUCGAUGAUGCGCGAAUUCAUGGAGGCACAGCGAGACGCCUCGCAGUUUCAAAUGCCCAUGCCGCUGCGGCAGCAGGGACCCAUGAUGAUGCGACAGUGGACCGAGGAUCAGGCCAAGGCACAGCAGGAGCAGCGCCAAUGGAUGGAACAGCAGGCAAAAGCGCAGCAGGAAAUGCAGCAGCGUCAGUGGACCGAGGAUCAGGCCAAAGCACAAAGGGAGCAGACUCCUAUGAUGGCGCAGCAACAGAAUCCCAUGCUGAUGCAGCAAUGGACCGAGGAUCAGGCCAAGGCACAGCAGGAGCAGCAGCGUCAGUGGAGCGAGCUUCAAGCAAAGGCACAGCAAGACAUGCAGCAGCGUCAAUGGACCGAGGAUCAGGCCAAAACUCAGCAGGAGCAGCAGCGUCAGUGGAGCGAACAUGAAGCCAAGGCACAGCAAGACAUGCAGCAGCGUCAGUGGACCGAGGAUCAGGCCAAGGCGCAGCAGGAGCAAAUCCUAGAAGCUCAAAAAAUGAAGCAGGCAGCCGAGCGUCAGUGGGCAGCUGAGAAGAUGCUGGCAAUGCAGCAGCAACAGCAGCAGCCACAGAUGGAGCAGCAACAACCGCAAUUGGAAGCCGAGGGAAUGCUGGGAGAGGCGAAGCCGCAAAUGCCCGAAAAUGCUGGCCAGGCCCGACACAAAGUGGACGUGCUUGGCUUGGGCAAGGAUCACCGCAAGAAAUCCAAGUCCAACUCGGCUCACACCGUCAUCAACUACUACCAGAAUGCGCCGCCAGCUAGCUACGCACCGGCCUAUGGCCCAAGCUACGCACAUGCGCAUAGACCCAGCUACGGCACCAGCUACGGCGGUGGCGGUUACGGCUCCAAUGGAUAUGGUGGGUAUCGGGCGGCUGUUGGUAACGACGAGAUCGAUCACAUGUUGCGCCAGCAUAACACCAUGAUGGCAAUAAAACCCGACGAGCAGGAGGAGCGGCAGCAGGAGGAGCGGCAGCAGUUGACCAGCAACACGAACAACAGCAGCAACCACACUAGUUUGGCCACGCCCCCAUCCCUGCCGAGCGGCGAUCAUCGCAUAGAGAAAAGUCCAUCAACAGCAUCCACAUCAACAUCCACAUCAGCAUCCACAUCAGCAUCAGCAUCCACAUCCUCACCGAAUGUUAACGAAACUCUUGGCUCUACGAUUGGCUUCAACGAGGGCCUGCUACGUCCGUACAUGGGCCUGCUGCCCGUGGCCCAGCCGAACGAUCCCUGGAAUCGGAAGCCGUACGAUCCACACUAUCCGCUUUAUAGCGGCGGCGGCAGCUAUGAGGCAUAUCUACGACCACGACGAGAUACGCACAUCAUGGCGCGCACUCAGCAGCUGCUCACGCCCGGCAUGCUGGAGCGUCUGCUGCGCAUUAAGGCAGAGUUUCAGCGUCGUUUUCCACAUCUCUACCAGGGCAUGCUCAAUCAUCAUACGAAUCAGACGCGUGUGGUCGUCAAGCCGCCGCUUUUGGUGCGUCAGUCUAGCAGCAGGACGAAGGAGAAGGAUGCACCUGUCUAUGAGCUAGGCGCCGCCGAACGUGGCAUCUUUGACGAGACGGAGGAGGAACCGGAGCCGAACGACCAGGAGCAGGCCAAUGCGAUGCGAACGACCACCGAGAAAAAUAAGCCCAAUCGACACGUCGCCAAGAAGGACGACCUUGAUGGCGAUGUGGACUAUUUCCAUUUCGAGGAUGACGAUGACGAUAACGAUAACGAUAAUGAUAACGAUGAUGAUAGCGAUACUGAUAUUAUUGAUGAUUAGCUGAAGGUUAUUUGAAUUAUGUACACCCAAUUAAAAGAAGCACUUUAAAAAAAAUCUAGAAAAUGAAAAAUAA